UAAAUUUAAACUGUUGACAUUUAAAAAUUGUAAUUUCAAAAAGUUUUUAUCAAUUUUUAUUAUUCUGUUUAACAAAAAUGUGUGAUUUUUUUAUGGUGAUAUAAAGGUGGCGAAAUACACCUUUACCUUGGUUAUUUUAAUUAAAAUUAAAUUAAACUACAUUGAGAGGAAAUUGAAACUGGUUUUUCCAUAUUCAACCAUUACCAUGAUAUUGAUAAGUCACCCCACCUUAAUUAAAAAUACAUUAGAAUUAAUUUACGCAUAAAUUCACAAUAUAUACUCCUUGUUGCAAACUUUUAUUAUCACUUUAAAUGGCUGAAAUAUCAACAAAUGUUUGUUUUUGCACCUCGGGAUUUAUAGUACCGUACUACUUUUACACCGUCCCCAUUGAUCGGGAUCGACAUUCAGAAGUUAAGUGUUUACAAGUGUCGUAUGCUGCAUGCUGUUGGGUUGAGUUAAAGAGGCCUAAGUUCCUAAAAAUGAUAAAACGGAUUUCAAACAUUUUGGUUGAGCAUCACCGAAGAGACAUUAUUUGUCGAAAUGCGCAUCUGGUGCAUCAAAAUUGAAAUCCCACCAGAGAGGCAGACCAGACGCUAACAACACUGUCGAAAAUCCGAAAGACAACAUAAACAGGAACAGGAUUUGCAUAAACAGGAAUGAAAAUGACAUAGCUUUUUUAGAUGUGAUAAAAAAGAAUACGCGAAGUUCUCCUAACUUAGAUGAUUCCAUGCAGUCUAUCAGAAGUAGUACAUCAAGUUUUAGCAUUGUUUAGGGUUGAAUAUGUCUUCUACACAUUUAAAAACUAGUGCAAAUGAAGAAGAUUUUGGGUGGAACAAGUCUGUAGAUUCUGUCUGUGUAACAGAAGGUUUACAGAAGUGUACUAUGAUAAUUAUGCAUGCAAGUGCAAAUGGAAAAGGUGACAGACAUAGUGAAUGUGUGGAAACUGUCUGUUUAACAAGUCAAAAUGAAGGUCAGGAAAAUGAUUUACAGAAAUUUAUAAACCCACAUGCAGGUGAAGAAAAACGUUAUCAAUGUGACUUCUGUGGGAAGGCAUUCAUAGAGACAAGACACUUGCAUAUACACAUGACAACACAUACUAGUGAUAAAUCUUAUGAAUGUGGUGUCUGUGGAAGGGCGUUUAGUCAUAAAGGACAUUUACAUGUACACAUGAGAACACAUACCGGUGAUAAGCCUCAUAAAUGUGAGUUCUGUGGGAAAGCUUUCAGUCAGAGGGGAGCAUUACGUACACACAAGAGGAUACACACUAAUGAUGAACGUUAUAAAUGUGAAGUCUGCGGGGAGGCAUUCAGUAAGACAAAAGCAUUACAGAAACAUACAAGGACACAUACCGGUUAUAGACCUUAUAAAUGUGAUGUCUGUGAGAGGGGAUUUAAUGUGAGAGGAGCAUUGAAGAAACACAAGAGGACACAUACUGGUGAGAAACCUUACACAUGUGAUGCUUGUGAGAAAACCUUUAGUCUUAGAGGAACACUGCAGUACCACAUGAGGAUACAUACUGGUGAGAAACCUUAUAAAUGUGAUGUGUGUUGGAAAGCAUUCAGCAAUGGAGAUGGUUUAAAAAAGCAUAUGAGGGUGCAUACUGGUGAGAAACCUUAUGAAUGUGGUAUCUGUGGAAAGUCAUUCAGUUGCACAGGUGCGUUACAUAGACACAUGAGGAUACAUACUGGUGAGAAACCUUAUAAAUGUGAUGUCUGUGGGAAGAUGUUUAGUCAACUGGAGCACUUGCAGGCACACAUUAGGACACAUACUGGUGAUAAACCUCAUGAAUGCGGUGUUUGUGGGAAGUCAUCCAAUUGUCCAGCAGACUUACUGAAACACAUAAGGACACAUACUGGUGAUAAACCUUAUAAAUGUGAUGUCUGUGGAAAAGCAUACAGUCAGACAGCACACUUACAAACACACUUAAGGAAACACACUGGUGAUAAACCUUAUUUAUGUGAAGUCUGUGGGAAGGCUUUCAUAGAAACAGGAACAUUAAAGAGACACAUGAAGAUACAUACUGGUGAUAAACAGAACAAAUGUGAAGUCUGUGGGAAGGCAUUCAUUGAGAAAGGAACAUUACUAAGACACCUGAAGACACAUACUGGUGAUAAACCUUAUAAAUGUGAUGUCUGUGGGAAGGCGUUCAGUCAGACCGGAAGUUUACAGACACACUUGAGGAUACAUACAGGUAUUAAACCUUAUAUAUGUGAUGUCUGUGGUAAAGAAUUCAUUCAAGAUGGAGGCUUGCAGAAACACCUAAGGAUACAUGCUGGUGAUAAACCUUAUGAAUGUGAUGUCUGUGGAAAAGCAUUCAAUCAGACAGGAACAUUACUAAGACACCUGAAGAUACAUACUGGUGAUAAACCUUAGAAAUGUGAUUUCUGUGGACUGGAAAGGCAUUCAAUCAGAAAGAAAACUUACAUAUAUAGGUAUACAUUAUUACUCGUACCGGUGAUAAACCUUUUAUGUGGAAAAUGGGUAAUGGAUUUGAUUAAUAUAUAUGUGCAUUAUCAUCAAAGUUGAUUCAACAGUUAACUAGAUGCUGUCAUAAGACAUAAUACCCACAGGGAAGUGUUUGCAAUUGUGAAAAUAGACUUUAUUCACACGUCCACCAUUAAAAUCCGAAAAUGAAGCAAACCUGACUAUGGCAUGUCGGGAGACAAACUUGUGAUAGCGCGGCCCUACAAAAGUCAGUCAGCGACACAGCGUGGGUGCGAACUCUGGCAUCUGUGCCAGAUAUGAACAAUGCCAUCACCGCUGCAUGGGUCAUCAGUUCCCAGAUCCUACAGAAAUCCUUCCUAAAGGAUAAAUAAAAACUUUGCAGAAGGUUAGGUGCAUGAUAUUGAGGGUUUGUUUGUUUUCAGAUGGCAUAAAUGAAAAAUUGUUUAUUUUGAGUACAUUACAACUGCAUGUAUUGUGAUUUUUUAAGGACAUUCAAUAAAGGUAUACUGAUAGGAAAUUUAUGCAUAUAUCAGUGAUAAUUUAUAAAUACAAAUUCUAGGAAAAGGAAGUUAUAUCAAGUCCUAAUACUUUACAACCACAACAUGGGAAGUGCAAAAACGUAAGUGGGCGUGAUUUAGGAUUUUCAUUUAAGUGCUUUAAAUUUUUAACUGAUAUUUCAGGAACUAUUCACCAUUGUUCAUUAUGCAAUGUCUUAUGUCUUGCUUAAAUACCUUAUAGCUCACCUAAGCCAAAGGCACAAGUGAGCUUUUCUGAUCGAAAUUUCUCCAUUUUCUGUCUUUAAACAUUGUCAUCUUUUCCAGAACCACUGGGCCAAUUUCGAUCAAACUUGGUACAAAGCUUUCUUAAGUUAAGGAACUUAAAUUCUGAUCAAAUGAAGGGCCAUACCCCUUCAAAGGGGAGAUAUUCACAAAAUUUGAAAAAUGGGUUGGGGUCAUUUAAAAACCUUCUCAAGAACCACUGAGCCAGAAAAGCAGAAAUGUACAGACAAAGUGGAGGUUCAAGGUUGAAAAAAUCAUGACCCGUAGGGAUAGGGUGAGGCCACAAUAGGGGAUCUGAUCAUCAUGGUUUUACAUGUGAAUGUAUAGGGAACCAAACUUGACACAAAGCAUCCAUAGAUGAAAUUUGUUUAUAUAUAUAUAUAUAUAUAUGAAAGGUCAUAUCCAUCUACAAGGGCACAUGGUAAUGAAUGAAUUUGUAGUCAAGUUUUAUGAUUAAGUUUGAUAAUUAAUGUAGUUUAGUCAUUACCAUAGAAAAGUUGGUUGAUUUUUUCUGAACCAAGCUGCUUGAAUAAUAGUAGUUUUCCUCAAGCUUGUUUAUUGCUAGGAACUGCUGCUGAGGUGUGUGAUGUGGCCCAUGGGUCUCUUGUUUUUCUUUGAUAUUUGAAUGAAAUGUAAUUCACCUAUGUAUCUAUAUUUACUAUGCAUGUGAGUGGCUUUUUACGCUCAAUGAAAAAUAUGCAUUUAAAGUUCGCUAUCAAGAUCAAUCAAGCCAUUUGAAUUUUCCUAUGAAGCUAUUAAGGAGACACUAUAGCUCAUUUUCCAUAUAUUUUAAUGAAGUAAUUUGUAUAACACGUGUUAGUAAAAUGAUAAAAAUCGUAUCGAUGCUGACAAUUUGGAUGCAUUUUGCUCUGAAUUUGCUUUGAAGAUCAUCCGGAAUUCAAAGGUCUCUUCUUGCUGACUCAGACUUUUGAAUGCUUAUUUACAUCACGUGAUUUUGAUUGAUUGAUGUUUUCCACCACACUUAACAAUUUUUCAGUUAUUUGGUGGCGCCCAGUUUUUUAGCUCUUCUGAGCCGAAGGCUCAAAGAGGUAAUCAUAUGGCCAUAUGUCUGGUGUGCAGUGUACGUCAACUUUUUGGAAAAAAAGGGCUAUAUCUCAAGAACCCCUUGGCCAAUUUUUGUCAAAUUUGUCACAGGGUAUCUUUGGCUCAAGGGCUUUCAUUUGUACUAAAACAAGGGUUGCGACCCUUUAACAAGGGGAGAUAAUUGGGAAAAUGCAAACAAAAGUGGUUGCUAAAAAAUCUUCUCAAGAAACACUGGCCAAAUUAUCACCAAACUUAUGCAUAAGGAUAAGUGGGCGUGAUUUAGGAUUUUCAUUUAAGUGCUUUAAAUUUUUAACUGAUAUUUCAGGAACUAUUCACCAUUGUUCAUUAUGCAAUGUCUUAUGUCUUGCUUAAAUACCUUAUAGCUCACCUAAGCCGAAGGCAUAAGUAGAUAAAAAAUUGUUCAAGGCAUCAUCCUGGGGCAAAGGGUGUGGUCUCAAGGUCACUUCAAAGUUGACCUUCAAUUUUGUUUUGUUAAAACGUUGAUAUUUUGCUUAGUAUAAGGACUAGGAUCAUCAAAUUUCGUCAGUUGAUGCAUCUUAGGACUUAAUAUCAUGUUGUCUCAAAAGUAGGUCAUAGUACAUUUUAAAUUAUGAUCUUUAUCGUAAAAACAUUGUUGCCUCUCCAAAUUCUCACCGCCUCGGUGGUCUAGGGGUUAGAACGUUCUCCCCGCUUGCUGAAGGCCGGGGUUCAAAUCCCGGCCGCGUCAGACUUAAGUCGUUAAAACAGGUAGUGACAGUUCCGUCGCCAAACGCUCGGCAUCAGGUGUGAAUGUAACGGGUCCUUGGAGAUUAACUUAAAACGGAUGUCCCGUGUCACAGUAGGUGUGGCAGGCACUCUUAAGAACCCUCACUGCUCAAUGGCCGUAAGCGCCGAGCAAAGGUCUAAAUUUGAAUCCCUUCACCGGUCUUGGUGACGUCUCCAUAUGAGUGAUAAAUGCUCGAUUAAGACGGUAAAUAAGAUACAGUCAGUUAAUCAUAUACAUGGAUGUGGUCAUAUUAAAAAUGCCCACCAUUUCGGCUUUGCAUGCAAAAGGUUCACUCAAGCAGUGUUUUCUCAAUGAACUGCUUCAGCUAAAUGGUAUUGGCAGUUGUUGAUACCUUUUUGUAAUGGGAAAAUUAAUAUUUUUCAAAUGAUAUAGUUAUAUAAUUUCAAUGCAGUCCAGAUUUUAAUCAGACCUCCAUGUAUAUAUCAUUUUGUAUAUGUUUUUCUUCUUUCUUUUUUUUUGGCCUGAUUAUGUACUUAUGCAUAUCUAUACAUAUAUUGUAUAAUAGUAUGUUAUAACGAUUGUUAUAUUUUUGUGGUACGACAAUCUUUAUUUGUACAUGUAUAACAUAAUAUGUUUUGUAUACGGGAGAGGUUUUUCAAGUUGCAAGAACUUGUAUCUAAUCCCUGUGUAUAUAUUUAUACAAUAAAAUAUGUUCAAAUCAAAUCAAUCUCAUAAGUCCUGUAAAGCAUAUAAAAUAAAAACUUCUGUGAACACAGACCACUGGACAUACCAGAGGUGGGGUCAGGUGCCUAGGAGGAGUAAGCAGUCCUUGUUGACCUUAGGGGAAUAAUAACUAAUUUGACAUUUUAUAUUUUGACAUUUUAUAUUGACUCACAUAGCUGUGAUUAGCAUUAUUGGUUAUGUGCUGAUUAGGCUCAAAAAUGUGUUUACGGCAAACGUUUCAAUUUGCGUGAAAAAUUCUCGAGCGGGACGUUAAGGAGGUGUGCUACACCAGAGAAAUUUGAUGUAGAUGAAAAGUGGAGGAUAUGUACAAAAAUAUUUUGAAGUUGAAAAUUUUCAAAUUUACUUUAUUUUGUCAAAAAAUACAGUUUUAGUAGAAGGUAAUCUGAAAAAAAUUUAAAACCCCUGCUGGACUCGAACCUGCGACCUACAGGUCAGCAGUCGGUAUUCUAACCUACUAAGCUACUCGGCUAGGUAUCUAAACGGAAAAGGAAAAGUCAAAUAUUGCUGAUAUCGAUUUUUUUCAUCCAUGUUUUUAAAGGAAGUCAGCCAUUAUGACGAUGUAGAGUACUACCUUAAACAAUAUACAACCUACCAUAUACUCGAUGAUUUUUUUUUUCACUCAUAUGGAGACGUCGUCAUUGCCGGUGAAAAGCUGCAACAGGACCUCCCCACUUAAGAUGUGAUUUAUGGCCCCCGAUGAUUUAGUAAAACAUUAAAGUUUGAAUUUUGCUAUUGACAAUGCCCCAGGAUAUUUAUUAAAAACUUAAAGCUGGCAUGAAUUAAUAAAUAUAUAGUAUAAUCCUAUAUGUAUCAGGGGUCGCAUGGAAUAUAAGGGGACGAGUUUUGCUACGCUUCAUUUCACAUCAAUGUCUUCGAUUUUCUGACCUGUGCGGGUACACGUACAUCUCCGAUACUAAUUUAUAGGACAUCAAGAAGAAAUAAAAUCACGAUUUGGAACACCACGCAGUGCUCAAACUUACAAUAAACAUAUCGUACAGUAGUAAAUCAUUCUAAAAACUUUUGAUAGAUAAAUAGAAAAUCCCUUUUCUUUACGUGAAUGUACGUACAUUUGCAGUAAAUAUGUAUACAAAAACGCGGAGAAAAAAUUCAUCUAUUAUCUAUUGAUAAAAUGGAAUAAGUAUUUUCAUUUCGUAGAUCUGGCGCAGUGAUCUAUACUGAAAUAGACAUACCACUGUAUGUCGAAAUUUCAAAUUCAAAUGUAUUCGAUAAGAUGUUAGUAUUCAUAAAUCAGUAAAAUUCGUGUUGAGGUUUUAUUUGAUAUGAUACAGUGUCAAUAUGCUGUAAUGCAUUAGUAGGAUAUGCAAAAGGCAAGAGUAUAAACAUUUUCCUUUUUCAUUAUUAGUAUCAAUAUCUAUAUGAUCACGAAAAAGCAUUAUACAAUUUAUGUCCGGAUUCAUAUGCCGAUUUAGAUAUCAAUAAUUUUUUGGAAUUUAAUAAAAGGCAGAUAUACACCUUUCUUUCAACACAAAUUGAUAUGUUGUUUCAGACACGCAUACAGGGGGUUGGGGUGGGCAGGGAGGCUGGUCUGCUCUACCCACUUUUUACUUUUUUCCUUUAUUCUAACAAACAAAGUCAGUAUUUUCUACAUGUUCAAAUUAAUUUUUUUUUAAAAUUUGGAAUGAAUUCAAUUAUAAGCAUAAACUUCUGUAGGUUUCCAAUAUAUUGUCAAUCACAAAUUUUUAAAUAGCUGGAAAUUUUUAAUGCUUUUAAGCUUACAUUUAUAUCAGUGAUCGAUUUUCUUUCCUUCUGUGAAAUUAUAUAUUGUACAAUUGUACAUCGAAGUAGGACGCUCUCUCUUGCACGCAAUAUAUCCAACCAGAUGCUCAGUAUUAUAUGAUUAGAUUCCCGAUUUCUAUAAACUGCAAAACCUCGACCAGAUAAGCAUUCAAUACAGAAAAAAAUCUUCGACUCUGACAUCUCCCCUGAUAAAACACACCCUGUUUCGCACGAGUGAAGUGUGUCGCAGUCUGUAUAAUGGAAUGACAACGUGUUGUAAAGUUCUAACGAGAUACAAAUGGACUUUAUCAUUUUGUUUCGUGGAUUUAUCAGAAUAAAGGGAAUCUUAAUAUUUUCGGUAACUGCACAUUUCCGAUACCUGUUGAAUAGACGUCCGUAUUUGAUGCGUUUUUGUUGUUGUUGUUUUUUGCGAAUAUGCCAUGUGCAUUACAUAUUAUGCAUAUGACAUGCAUCUGUAUUUUGCAAGAAUUGAUAUAAAUAAUUGAUUGUAUGCUCUUUGCUUAUUCCUUUUUAUCAGUAUGUAAUUGGCAAAUAAUUUCUCCACAUACAGGGCUCACGACGGGUGUGACCGGUCAACAGGGGAUGCUUACUCCUCCUAGGCACCUGAUCCCACUUCUGGUGUGUCCAGGGGUCCGUGUUUGCACAACUAUCUAUUUUGUAUUGCUUAUAGGAGUUAUGAGAUUGGUCACUGUUCGUUAUCUUCA